AAGAGAAGGACAGUGAUAACAGCGAUGUUAAAGAGAAAAUGAACUGGCAAAGAACGCGUGAAUGGAAUGAAAUGAGGAGAAACGAAACGUAUGUGUGUUCAGCGUCGUCUGUACAUUGUUUGCCUGUAUGAAGUGUCUUGUUUUGUCUAAUUUACGAAAGCUGAGAAGUCCUCUCUAGUUCAUGGAGCGAGUGUUACAAGCAGUGCGGAUGGAAGCACUGGUCAAUGACUUGUCCCACGCAUUGGAAGAAACUACGUGCUCAUCAAACAACCGUAAACGUUGGGGCUUAUGCCGUAGAGCGCGUUCAACUGGCAACCUACAUUUGGCAUUCCAUGCAACCCAAAGUGAUGAUUCAGACAGCAUAAGCGAAGCUCUACUCAACAGAGAUCGUGGCCAUUCUAGUCUUCAUCAGAGUGAUUCAGAUGAUAUGAGCCCAGCUCGUCAGGUGGCUACGUUUAAUUUACGCACAAGACAUGUUCUGCCACAUAUUCAUGCCCUUGAAUCAGAUUCUGUCAAUGAAAAUUUCUCACCUAUUCGCCCAAGUACCCGGAGGAGACGAAAACUAAAGAGAAUGGCUAUUGAUGUUACUGAUCAGGCCGGUGCUUCGACCUCUUCAGGGAUACCUGCAGGUUCACAUGCUGUUCCAGUCAUUCCAAAUUUUUCACACUCAUUGCCAUCCAGACCAUCAGGGUCUGCCCCCACCUCAGGUGGCUUUGGUGGAAUAAUCAAAAAGAGGCGAGUCUUGCGACAUUCAUCAAAUAGUAAUGAAAAUAGAUUGAACACAGUCUUGUGUGGGAAAAGGAAGCGGAGCUUACGGGACAGAAGUGGUGGUGAUUGUGAUAUGCCUAUGCUAGAAGAAAAUGCUUCAAGAAGCCACAAAUCCAAAUCAAAAGGAAGAAGUAGUGCCCACGUCAGUGUUAACGAAGAGUGCAUGGAAUUGAGUGGGGCUGAGUUCACUAGCAGUAGUCCAAGUGUUAGUAGUAAUGAAUCAGACCCUGGCUUCUUCACGACUGAUGAGGGCCGUGAAGGUGAUGAUGAGCACAGUGAUUGGUAUGGAGGAGAUGGCAGGGGAUGGUGGGAAGAUGAGGAUGAUGAAGGAUCAUCACCACUCAGCAACAGUCAAGAUGGAGUUCAGCAAGGGGGGUUCCAAGCAUUCUUUCACAUGUCUGCCGAGGACAGAAGAUCUCUCCGGGAAGGCAUGAAAGGUCGUCAGAUACGAGCUGGCCGCCGUCGGUUACGAAACAGCCGUGGUGGUUUCACUGUCUUAACAUCAGCAAAUGAGAAACUAUCACGAUUUCUUCAGGACUUAAAUCAAAGUGAACUGAGGUUGCAUCCAAUGCAGAAUGAGGAGAAGGACCAGCUUGUCCAACUAGCAAAUUUGUACUCCCUCCAAAUGCGAUUAGAACCCACUCAGAAUAGUGGAGUUACCUGUCCAGUUCUCACUAAAACUCGAGAUACUGUGCGUGUUGAACAAAUCUCAGGACUGCAGCGCCGACUUCAUGCUGAUUCUGGUCUGAAAAGGCGAAAGUUGCCUCCUAGCACUGCUAGCAAACUUGAUCUCAUCGACACUUCAUCUACAAGCCCAACUCGAAGUUUGGAUCCACCUAUAUUCCAAAGCAAUCAGUUUACACAUUCCACUGGUUGUCAAUCGAACUGAAGAGUAUAAGAGUAUAAUCUGUGCUGGCUGUAUGUAUAGUAAAUAUGUGUUGUUUGAUUCGGGUUGAUUCUUGUUACUAAAGUAUGGCGUACUGUAUGGCUUAAAAUCAGUACUUUCAACCACUUUGUUGUUUGCUUUCUCUACAUGUGGUUGAUUGUGUGUGUUUAUCACUACACAAUGUUUUAGUGAGAAUAGGUUACAAACCUGUUAACUAAUUAAGUUGACAAUUAUCCCAAUCACUCAAUUUUCUAACUUAUUUCCACACUACUAACUGGUAAAGUAUUUAUUUGGGAUAGACAUACAGUAGUUUGUAAAAUUUAACAUUUGGGUUUGUAUCUGUAAACAUGCACUCUUUCUUGCGGAGGUAUUAGAUUUUACUUCUCAAUGAGCCCAAAAACUCUCUAUGAUGUCAUUUCCCGUUUUUGACUGGUCACAGUGACUGACUUUCUACCUAAAUUUUGACUUGCUAGCCAAAAGCUGCAAAUGACCAGUUAGUGAGUUUAUUGUGUUUAUUGGGUUACUGAUUUGUAGUAGAUAACAUCUGUUUGUAUCUCAAUAGAAUUAUAUCACUUCUAUCUGGAA